AUGAGACAAAGAAGAUGGAUGGAACUACUUAAGGACUAUGAUUGCGAGAUUCACUAUCAUCCAAGUAAGGCAAAUGUAGUUGCCGAUGCACUUAGUAGGAAGGAGAGAAACGGAGCAAUCAGAAUUCAAGCCAUGUGGAUGAGUGUUAAAGUGGAGCUUUUAGACCGAAUACGGGAUGUUCAAAAGGAAGCUUUACUCGAAAUGAAUAUCAAAAAGGAGAGAAUGAUUGGACAAAUUAAGACUUUGACAGCUGGACCAGAUGGAAUAUAUAGACAUGGGAAUCGGGUUUGGAUCCCUAGUUUGGGAGAUCUAAGAAAUGUAGUGAUGGAUGAAGCACAUAAGUCCAAAUACACUAUGCAUCCAGGUAGUAAUAAGAUGUACAAGAACAUAAAAGAAAGCUGCUGGUGGCCUGACAUGAAAAGGGCAGUAGCUAGCUACGUGGGGAAGUGUUUGACGUGCUUGAAAGUGAAGACCGAGCACCAAAGACCGUCUGGAAUGUUGCAACAAAUAGAGAUCUGA